CGGCCGCGCUGACCACUCACCACCCCACGCACGCGUCCCGGCGUCGCGCCCCCCUCCCGACCCCACGCACCGCCACUGCGCAGCCUCGCAGCCUCCGCUCCACCACCGCUGCCGCCGGGACUCUGGGUGCUGGGCCUCAACCCUCGGGCCCCCACCGGCCGGGCUGCGCCCCUACCUCCCCCCACCCCGCUCGGACCGCGGCCCUCCAGCCCCCAUCCGCGCCCCUCCCCCAGCCUGCGCCGCGGCCCCCCAGCCCCAGUGACCCCGCCCCUGGUCCGCUGUCCCUCGCUCCACCCCUCCACCCUGUCCCCCAUCGCCUCUCCGCCACCCCGGGCCCCCGCCCCGUCCCCAGCCUCCCUGUCCCCCCGGCCCCCGGCCCAUCCCCCAUGGCGCCCCGCGCCCUCCUGCUGGCGCAGUGCGUCUGCAGCCUCCUGGGCUUCUUGUCCAGCGCGCUGGUGCUGGUGCCUCUGUCCGAGCACGUCCAGGGCCUGCGCGGCCGCUGCCUGCUCUUCACCGCCGGGCUGUGGCUCAGCGCCAACCUGACCGAGCCCGGGCGCCAGCGCUUCUGGGUGCAGGAGUGGGGGCCCCCCUCCGCCUGCCGCUGGGGCCUGCUGGCCGGCGCGCUGUCCUUGCUGCUUGCCGCUGCGCUGGCCUGGCGCGCGCUCUUCCUGCUCUGCCGGGGCCUCCACGGCACCCUGCUGCAGGCCCUGCUCACCCUGCUGGCCAGCGCGUCUGUGGUCUUCGUGGUCUUCAUCGCCAGCACCAUCGUGAGCGUGGGCUUCACCAUGUGGUGUGAUGCUGUCACUGAGAAGGGCACUGUGCCCCACAGCUGCAAAGAGCUGCAGGACGUGGACCUGGAGCUGGACGGGGACAGCUCGGCCUUCUAUGACCAGCUCUCAGCAGCGCAGUUCGGCCUGUGGGCGUCCUGGUUGAGCUGGCUGGGCCUCACGGUGCUGGCCUUCCUGAGGGUGUACCGCGGCCACCGGCAGGAGGACCAGCUGGACAGCCUGGCACAGGAGAAGGAGCUGCUGCUGGCGCCCCCCCCAGAGAGAAGCGCGCUUAUUUAGGGGUCCGCAGCCCUGUGCCCCACUCAGAGCCAUUAUCAUCUGCAGCGCCCCCACCCCGCACCCUGGGUCUUCCUCACUCUGCCCGGAGUCCAGCCCAAGGGGGGAGCCAAGACCCCAGAAGGUGCCUGCCCACAGCAGGACAGCUAAAUGUCCUCAGUUUUCAGCUGCUCUCUAUCCUUGUCCAGGGUGGGGUGCCCUGCUGUCCCACCACAGGAAAGGGGGUAGCCUUUCCUCUCUCUCCCCAGUGGUGAACUGUGUGCUGGGGUGCUCCCUAGCUGGGGACUAUGGGGGCAGGCGUGAGGUCCCUGGACCCCCUCACUGUGUCACUUGUGCCUGGUGGUUUUCCAGCAUGGCCUGCACCCUGGGUCGGGCUCCUGAGGACUGUCUGUGGAAGCCCCUGCCUCCUGCUUCCCCCUCCACUUGCACCCAGAAACCCACACCCUGCAGGUCUCCAGGAGCGCGCAGGCCUCCCUGUAGACCCUUCUCUCAGCCCAAUAAACUGCUUGUGUCUGCA